CCCCGUAUAACACUCCCUAUAAAGCAGUUAUGAUAUGAACAUGCCAGUCACACCCCGCCUCCGCUUGGCUCGGAUGCGGGGAAGUCGGGGAUAUUUUUAGCGAAUUUAUUGUCCUCCACGACUUCCUCUUCGAUUCUGCUACAGACAUAUGGCCUGAUCGCUUUAUUUCUCGCUCACUGAUUACUUCUCGACUACCUGCCCUCCAACCAGGAGUCUCGUCGAUGCCGCUCAAUCAUAAUCCCUGUUGUGUCCCCGCUGAGCUUUACGCUCCCCGGAUUAUAUAGUGCCAUGCGGAUUGGCAGAGGAUGUGAGCGUUGUCGGCAUCGCCAUAUUCGAUGCACCGUGCGAGCAGGCGCUUCGUCGUGUAAUGCCUGUGCUCGGCUGGAUCGGCCGUGUCGUCUAGAUCCGCGGUUUCGCUUCAAGACGGUGCGCCAUGUUUACCACAAAAGCCAUGGGACGCCGUCGCGGUUCGAGUUGGCUUGGGAUCCGGAGCAGGUCUGGGUGGAUUAUCCUCGGUCGUUGACGUUCAUCCAAGAACCCGCCGACGAAUCGUCAGAAUGGAGUGCCGAGUCCCCAGAGCCACGACCGGCAGAGGAGCCGGUUCCGCUACUUCCGUCCAGUUUUCCAGAGCCGAGUUUGGAAAUACUAGACUUGGCGCCAAUAGACAACACAGGUCUCGUGACACCACCAAUGGUGUCGGACGCCGGGCCAGCUGUCGUGUCGACCGCCAUUUCACCUCCCUCUGUCAAUGGAGUUGCAUCGCCACUCGCCUCGACUAAUUCCUGGGGAGGGACUUCAUCAUGGGAGUCGUAUAGUCCGAGGCCGAUCACUUCUGCCACCUUGUCGUCUAGAGAGGCGUAUUUGAUGCGGAUAUUCAUUUCCAAGAUUGCACCAUGGGCUGAUAUAUGUGACCUGCAAUCGCACUUCACGACCGAAGUCCCCCGGCGAGCCCUCCAGGUGCCCAUGGUCCUCAAGGCUGUGUUGUCUCUAGCCGCACGACACGAUGCGAUCAUGUCAGAGUCCAGCGACGUAGAAGCUUCCGAAUACCACGGGCAAUGUUUAGAACUGUUGAUCGCAGUACUCGCUCAGUCAGAAGGAUAUGACGACAAUCUCCUGAUCACCGUAGUGAUCCUGCGGUUCUACGAGGAACUGGAAAAAAGCAUAGACGAAAAGUGCCACCUCUUAGGAUCCAACCGGCUCCUCAACACCAUGUCCAAAUCCGCUUCAUCAGGCGGCCUGGCUGAAGCAGUCAGCUGGCAGUUUCUGCGACAGGCCAUCUAUGCCUCGGUCGUGCAGUAUCAACCGAUGUCGCUGGACUUGGAGAACUACGAGCAUUCAACCGUGUUCCAACGCAGUGACGACACAGCAUAUGCAAAUGUGAUCAUCUUUCUCUGCGCUCGUGUCAUCCAACUCUGUGCGCGAACAGACACAGAGGUCAUGGAUGAAUCAGCCUGGCAUCAGAUCGCCCGUGGCGUGGAGCAUUGGCACCGCGCAAGACCAAUCUCAUGGCAGCCACUGCGAUAUCAACCGGCUGAUCCAGCGGAGAACCGCCCAUUUCCAGAGCUCUGGAUGAUCUCGCCCCCAGCGGUAGUCGGACUGCAAUACUACCACGCAUCGUGCAUAUUCCUAACCUCGUCAGACGGACACUGGCAAACAAUCAGCGACUACGGACUCGCGCGACUGCGUCGACAAUCCGAGAAAACAAUCGCAUCGCAUCUGAUCAGGAUAAUCGGACUAGCACUGUCGAACGAAACAGUCGAAAAUGCAUUCUUCAUGGCGUGCCAUAUGGUACAUCGCUAUGGAUACUGUCUUCGGAACCCCGCCGAACAGCGCGGGUUGCUGAAGUUCCUGGCCCAUGUGGAAAAACGCGUUGGAUGGCGGACGGCAUGGAUGGUAGAGGAAUUGGAGCAGCAGUGGCAUGAAUUGUCAACGUUGGAUUCAUGGUAGCAUUCCUAUAGAGUACUUCAAUAGAGAUGGAGUGACAUAUGUAUAUGUAUUUUCCUUGAUGUAUAGAUCAAUCGAGCGGAGACAAACAAUGCUGCCUGUGCCAAAAAUAGACAUCCGGGAUGUUUAGCCGGCAUCAACAAAGUCUAAUAAAAUUUGACAGAGAC